UUGUAUAGCUAACAAAGAUGUUUUCAUUCAACGUCGAUCUCGGUCAUUCUUCGUAAAGUGAAAACUAAAUAAAAUAAUAAUUAUAAUAUCACUAAAAUUUAUACCAUAAAUUUCUUAUUAUCAAGAGAUGGGAAGCUUGCACUGACUAAUGAUAAUUUAGAACUUUAUAAUAAAGAUGUCGCUAACUUUCCAACAAAUCAUAUUGGAUGCUAAAAAAUUAGUAAUUAGAAUAUCAGAUCAUGAAAAUACAGCGGACAAUUUGAUAAGUGAAAUAGAAUCAGUUUGUGCUCAAAUUGAUAACAUAAAACAGUACCAGGAUGGGAUAGAAUUUUUAAACAACGAAGCGAAACAGAGGCCACACUUACAAUUAAUCGCAGGUAUACAAAGAGAGAAUAAAUAUUUGCAAGAAGUAGAAGCAGAAAAUAAGGAAUUGAAAAAUACAUUGGAAGAUCAUCAGCAUGCUCUUGAAUUAAUAAUGUCUAAAUAUAGAAAACAGACAGCAUCUUUAUUACGUUUAUGCAAAACAGAUACUCCUUCAUUAGAUAAUGCAAGAUAUGCUAAUAUAAUUACAAGUCAAGCAGAGAAAAUCAAUGAAAUGACCGCAAUAAUGAAAACUGCAGUUGCCUUAGACGAGGAAAGCGAGUUGAAAGAAAAGGAGAUGUAUUAUAAGUUAAAAAAAGAAAAUUCUACACUACGAGAAAUAAUUAAUAUUGCAAAUAAAUAUGGUUCCCUUAAUAAAGAAACGGAAGCAGAAAAUAAAACCGUUCAAACGGAUCCAGUAGCGCUUUGAAAAAAACUUUACAAUGGAUACUACUCUUAAAAUUAAGUUCAUAUUAUUUAUUUCGUAUUUUGUAACGUAAUUAGUAUAAAAAAAAAAUCGUAAACUUACAUGUAAUA